AAUGCUUUUUUAUUGAUUGAAUGUUAAUGCAUAAUUUUAAAAAAAGUGGCAUUCUGUACUCCUCUAUCUUUAUAUUUAGAUUUCUUCUGUGCGUGUGUUUGUCACUGAACUCCUCCUAAGUGGCUGGACCGAUUUUAAUAAAACUUUCUGUGUACCUUCAGGUGGAUUCGAGAAUGGCUUAGAUUUACAAAUCAGCCCGGAAGAUGGCGCUGCAGUCGGCCGUUGGCCGAACCUCCUGCAAGUUACCAGCGCCUAGGGGGCGCGUGGAGUAUGUGGGGCUGGUCAGCGACUGCGAGACCGGGGGCCCAAGGAUGUUUUCAGGGCCCUACCCACUAAACGACUCCCCAGCACUCCUCGCUCAAGCGUUCGAUCCCUACCGAGGUCAGAACCCAGAUGAGGUAAAGGGGUUACCGCGGUUAAUACUACAAACAGACGGCGCAGCUCACCCCAAGGACGCCCGGCCGACGGAGCCUUCAAAGGCCCUGAAACGUCGGCCGUUUCGGUACGGCAGCCCGUCAGGCCGCCCAGACGGUGCCGCUGGUGUCCCGGAAUACCCCGCUGGACCAGAACCAGUUUGCCGGGUCGGGACGCGAUUCACCGCCAACGGUUGCUCUCUUACUUCUCGGCAGCGCGCUAGAGUGCCGGUAGCGCGCCGCGCGGCCUCGACCCCCUCAUGUCUGGGGGAAGCCGCCACCUACAGGGGCCGGGACGUACGCUUGUACUGUCUCCUCCAGCCCCCGUUUGUUCAAUCACCAAAACGAAGGGUUGUUUUUUGUAUAUUUUAGAUUUAAACUACAAAAUCAUUUUACAAAAAAGGCUUUAAUUCUUCUUUUUUCUUAAGCUUUUAAUUUUUAUCAGGAUACUAGUUAUCCAGAAACAAAAUCCACAAAUUUGUUUGUAGAAUAACUAUGUAUAUGAAUAAUAUCUUACCCCCCUUUUUAUACAUUUGCAAAACUCUCAGCUAUUCAAUUAAUUUAAUUAAUUAUAUUUGAACAAUGAAAUUGUGUCACAACGUUAUUAUAUUACAUUACUGUUUAUAUAUGAUUAAAAUGUAUUUAAAUAUUAUGAGUAAGCACACAUAAUUUAAUAUUCAUGAAUAUGGAAGCAUUAUUAUAAUAGUUUUAUUUAACAAAAUAGUUGAGAUGCUAGUUCAUUGUUUGUUUUCGGUCGUAAUCUUCUAAAAUCAGUAUGAAACUAUAGUUAAAUGGCCAAUUUUAUGAUGUAAAUAAAGGUCUAUAGAAACAAUUUAGAAUCAGCAUCAUAUUUUUGAAACGAUAAUAAUAUAAAAGUCGAUGAUUAAUAUUUUUUCCAUGGAAUCCGAAGCGGCUCCACCAAA